UCUUCUCCAUCCUCAUCCUCAUCUUCGUCUUCAUCGUUUGCGCGUUGCCCCUUCUGCUUGUACUUUAAUGAUUACAGCGUCAACUUUCGUUUACUUCGACCUAAUCUCCCUGUACACGAUCGCUUUCCCGUUAAUUUAGAUCCACUCGUCCCCCCCCAUCGUCUCUCGCUUUUUGGUGUUCGGGACUCUGGUUGUUUCAAGUCAGAUUCGAUCCGCUCACCCCUCAGGUAAUCAACUGUUAUCUACCGCAAUUCUCCUGUUUGACGAUCAGCUCGUCCAUUCCGCUCGUCGCGCAAGCAAUGUUCUCGUCGCCUCUCAGCUACUAGGAAUCUCCCAUUCAUCAGUCGCAGCGACGACCGCCACAUUCGUGCUUCCGAAACUAGUCUUCCGUCGGUCACUUCAUCCAGUCGAUUCAGUCGGAUUCCUGGGUUUUUGCUCGGAAGUUUUGGUUUUUAAUUUCUCCCGGGCUAUCGCAAUCCGACUUCUGAAAUUCGCGAAUACUCCCCCGUGUCGAGGGCCUCGACACCCCCAGCAAUAUGGUGGGACACUCCCCAGCGGGAACGACCCCUACCCACGCGCAGUCCUCGCUGCCUUCGUUGCCGUCGCAUCUGCAGUCGGACACGCACUUGACGGCGCAUCUAGCCAGCCGAUUCCAUGUCGGUUUGCCAACUGCUCGCCUGUCGUCCCAAGCCCUAAUCAGUCUCAAUACAUACACUUCGUCAUCCAAGGGUCCCGAUGGCGCCAAAGAGGGUAGUGCCAUGGGUGAGGCCGAGGACCUCGCCCGGCGUGCUUUUACCCGCCUUGGGUCUCGUGGCGAGAACCAGGCCGUCGUUUUUCUAGGAGAGAGCGGAUCGGGAAAAACUACCAUUCGUGCGCACGUGCUGUCAGCGUUCCUCUCGUUCUCAUCGACUCCUUUGUCGUCCAAACUCUCGUACGCAGCGUUUGUUUUCGACACCCUGACCACCACCAAAUCCCUGACCACACCAACCGCGUCGAAGGCCGGUCUUUUCCUAGAAUUGCAAUACGAUGGCUCGACCUCCGUUAACCCUACCUUGAUUGGCGGUAAGAUUAUUGACCACAGGCUUGAGCGGAGCCGUAUUGCUUCGGUCCCUACCGGCGAGCGAAGCUUCCAUGCGCUCUAUUAUCUCCUCGCUGGCACAAGCGCCGCCGAAAAAGGCCAUCUGGGCUUUGACAGCCCCGUUCAUGUUUCCACGGGCAACAAGCUGUCAUCGCCCUCCAUAGGUCACAAACGGUGGAGAUACCUGGGUCAUCCGACGCAACUGAAGGUGGGCAUCAACGAUGCCGAUGGGUUCCAGCAUUUCAAGACAGCUCUCAGAAAAUUGGAGUUUCCUAGGAGUGAAAUCGCCGAGAUCUGCCAAAUUCUUGCCGCCAUCUUGCAUAUCGGCCAGCUGGACUUCAUCAGCGGACAGGCUACCACUACGUCUGCCGAGGAAUCUGGUGGGUAUUCUCACGAGGGUGGUGAAACCGUCACCAUGGUCAAGAACAAGGAAGUGCUCUCGUAUGUCGCUGCUUUCUUGGGUCUGGGUGUUGAGGAGCUUGAAAAUAGCUUCGGAUACCGGACCAAGACGAUCCACCGAGAGCGAGUGACCGUUAUGCUCGAUCCCAAAGGUGCACGUCAGAACGCUGAUGAGCUCGCGCGGACCAUCUACUCCCUCAUGGUCGCCUACGUGCUUGAGACCGUCAAUCAGAGGAUCUGCGCCGCGGAGGAUAGUGUGUCCAACACUGUCUCCAUCGUGGACUUCCCCGGAUUUGCCCAAGCAUGUUCUACCGGAUCCACCCUCGAUCAACUCCUUAGCAACGCAGCAACGGAGUCACUGUACAACUUCUGCCUGCAAUCCUUCUUUGAACGGAAGGCCGACAUGUUGGAACGCGAGGAAGUCAACGUACCUGCCACAAGCUAUUUUGAUAACACCGAUGCCGUGCGUGGUUUGCUGAAACAGGGCAACGGAUUGCUCAGCAUCCUCGAUGAUCAGACGAAGCGCGGAAGGACAGACGCCCAGUUUGUUGAAUCGCUGCGGAAACGAUUCGAGAACAAGAAUCCGGCUAUCUCGGUGAGCAGCUCCAAUGGAACUGGCUACGUGUCCCAAGGGGCACGCUCGGCUUUCACAGUGAAACAUUUCGCUGGUGAAGUUGACUACUCUGCCGACGGUUUGAUCGAAGAGAACGGGGAAGUUGUUUCCGGUGACCUCAUGAACCUUAUGAGAUCCACAAGAAGUGAUUUCGUGAGAGAACUCUUCGGUCAGGAGGCGCUGCAGACCGUGACACACCCCAAAGAGAAAACCGCCAUCAUGCAAGCGCAGGUCAGCUCGAAGCCCAUGCGAAUGCCAAGCAUGGCGAGGCGAAAGGCGAGUCCCGCAUCUCGACUAGCAUUCGAUGCCCCCGUUGCAGAAGACCAAGAUGAGUACGAGAGCCAAGUAGGCAGCACGAAGAACUCCAAGGGUGGUCGAAAGAGCAUGAUGUUCAACAACGGCAUGCAGGGCGCCGCGGGUCAGUUCCUUGCCUCGCUUGACAUUGUCAACAAAUGCCUGAGCUCAGCCGAUGUCAAUCCCUAUUUCGUCUUCUGUCUCAAGCCCAAUGACCGCCGAAUUGCCAAUCAGUUCGACAGUAAAUGUGUGCGUGCACAGGUGCAAACAUUUGGCAUCGCCGAGAUCAGUCAACGGCUCAGAAAUGCAGACUUCAGCGUAUUCCUUCCCUUCGCCGAGUUCCUUGGUCUGGCUGAGAUCGGCAACGUUGUGGUGGGAAGCGACAAGGAGAAAUCUGAGGUCGUGUUGGAUGAAAAGCGGUGGCCCGGGAAUGAAGCUCGAGUUGGCAGCACGGGUGUGUUCCUCAGCGAACGCUGCUGGGCAGAUAUGGCCAAGGUUGGAGAGCGAGUCGUCCCCGUUUAUCCGGCCGAGGGCUCGGAUGAGGGCGGCGAUGGAUUGCUCCAUCCUCGGACUGCCGGCUACAUGGACUCUAAGGUUCGCCUUCUGAACCCGGCGGACCAAUCUCCUGGCACCUACAUUUAUGGGGAUGACAACAAGCAGGGCUAUUUUGGAAGCCGUGAUAUGGAUGGACGCUCCGACGCCGGCGGCUCUGCUUUCAACUCGGGCGACAUGUUCCGUAAUCUGGAAACGAAAGAGCAAAUGCUGGAGAAAGGAAAUGAGAAGAAGAUGGAGGAGGUCGAUGAGACGCCUAUCUCUGGUAGUCGCAAGCGCUGGAUGGCUAUCGUCUACCUUCUUACCUUCUAUCUGCCUGACUGGGCAAUUAAGGUCUUCGGCCGGAUGAAACGGAAGGAUGUGCGAGUCGCCUGGCGCGAAAAGUUCGCUAUCAACCUGAUUAUCUGGUUCAGCUGUGCUCUUGCGAUUUUCAUCAUCGUCGGUUUCCCUGGUCUCAUCUGCCCUACACAACAUGUCUAUUCCGCUUCCGAGUUACAAUCGCAUGAUGGCAAAGAUGGGCAUAACUCUUACAUUGCCAUACGUGGCGUGGUUUUGGACCUGGACAAAUUCAUGCCCUCCCAUUAUCCCGAUAUCGUGCCGCAGUCCGCACUGAAAAAGUAUGCUGGUGUUGACGCGACUGGUCUCUUCCCGGUGCAAGUCUCAGCUCUCUGCCAGGGCAAGUCUGGCAAGGUUGACCCGUCGGUGCUCUUGGAUUACAAGCCAACCAACGUGUCUGGUUCGGCUAAUACGAUAAGCACUGGCGACGUCAAUGCCAAAUACCAUGACUUCCGCCACUUCACGAAUGACUCGCGUCCGGAUUGGUUCUACGAGCAAAUGCUGAUGCUAAAAUCGAAUUACAAAAAGGGUUACAUCGGCUACAGUCAAGAGUACCUGAAGACACUGGCCGAGAAGAAGUCGAAAUCAAUUGGAAGCAUCGACGGCAAAAUCUACGAUCUGACGGAUUACGUGGCUGGAGGCCGAAGAACGCAGGCCCCUGCUGGCGAAGAGGUUCCGUCUGGCGUCGACCGCGAUUUCAUGGACCCGGGUGUCGUACAGCUGUUCCAGCAACUUUCGGGCCAGGAUAUCACGAAAUACUGGGAGAACCUGAAUAUCGACGAGGGACUCCGGAGUCGAAUGCAACUCUGCUUAGACAAUCUUUUCUUCGUCGGUCAUGUCGAUACGCGUAAUUCGCCUCAGUGUCAGUUCGCACAAUACUUCCUUCUCGCCAUUUCGAUCUUCAUUUGCUUGAUUGUUCUGUCCAAGUUCUUGGCGGCACUUCAGUUUGGCAAAAAGACCAUCCCCGAGAACCUCGAUAAGUUCAUCAUCUGCCAGGUCCCCGCUUAUACCGAAGAUGAGGAAUCUCUUCGUCGUGCUAUCGACUCCAUGGCUCGCAUGCAGUAUGAUGACAAACGCAAGCUCCUAGUUGUAGUCUGUGACGGUAUGAUUAUUGGACAAGGCAACGACCGUCCCACGCCUAGAAUUGUCUUGGAUAUUCUAGGUGUCCCCGAAUCGGUGGACCCCGAACCCCUUAGCUGCGAGGGUCUGGGCGAGGGCUUGAAGCAACACAACAUGGCGAAAAUCUACUCUGGUCUGUAUGAAGUGCAAGGUCACAUUGUUCCUUUCCUGGUCGUCGUUAAGGUCGGAAAACCCUCUGAAGUGUCGCGACCUGGUAAUCGUGGAAAGCGAGACUCCCAAAUGGUUCUCAUGCGGUUCCUCAACCGCAUUCAUUACAACCUGCCUAUGAGCCCGAUGGAAUUGGAGAUGCAUCACCAAAUCCGCAACGUUAUAGGAGUUAACCCCACUUUCUAUGAGUUCAUCCUACAGGUCGACGCCGAUACAGUCGUUGCUCCGGAUGCAGCCACUCGAAUGGUGGCGCCUUUCUUGGCCGAUACUCGUAUCAUCGGUGUCUGUGGAGAAACAGCGUUGACCAAUGCUAAAACGUCCGCGGUGACCAUGAUCCAGGUCUACGAAUAUUAUAUCUCCCACAACCUCAUCAAGGCUUUCGAGAGUCUGUUCGGUUCCGUCACAUGUAUGCCUGGUUGUUUCUCCAUGUACCGCAUUCGUUCUGCCGAAGCCGCAAAGCCACUGUUCGUCAGUCACGAGAUUUGCGAGGCCUAUUCGGAGAUCCGCGUCGACACCCUGCACAUGAAGAAUCUUCUGCACCUCGGUGAGGAUCGUUACCUGACGACCCUCCUCCUGAAGCAUCAUCCCAAGUACAAGACCAAGUUCAUCUUCGCCGCGAGAGCCUGGACGAUUGCCCCCGAGAGUUGGGCUGUGUUCUUAUCGCAACGUCGUCGGUGGAUCAACUCCACUGUCCACAACCUGAUUGAGUUGAUUCCCCUUCAGCAACUGUGCGGUUUCUGCUGUUUCAGUAUGAGAUUCAUCGUUUUCGUCGAUCUUCUUUCCACCGUUAUCCAGCCCGUCACCAUUGCCUAUAUCAUCUAUCUCAUUGUCUGGCUUGUUCGGGAUACGUCCACCAUCCCGUACACGUCUUUCAUUCUGCUCGCAGCCAUCUACGGUCUACAGGGUCUCAUCUUUAUUCUCCGCCGGAAGUGGGAGAUGAUUGGCUGGAUGAUCAUCUACAUUCUCGCCAUGCCCGUCUUUGCCCUGGCUCUUCCGCUAUACUCUUUCUGGAACAUGGAUGACUUCUCAUGGGGUAACACUCGUGUCAUCACUGGAGAAUCAGGUCGCCAAGUUGUCAUUUCCGACGAAGGUAAAUUCGACCCUGCUUCUAUCCCCAAGAAGAAGUGGGAAGAGUAUCAGGCGGAACUGUGGGAAGCGCAAACUUCUCGGGACGAUCGAUCCGAAGUCUCUGGCUUUUCCUACGGCACCAAGUCUUAUCAUCCCGGCCAGUCCGAAUAUGGAUUCCCUGGUGCACGACCGGUGUCGCAUCUUGAUCUCCCUCAUCAUGGGUCGCGGAUGUCGUUGGCUCCUUCGGAGAUGAUGAGCCGGCACAUGGAUAUGGAGAUGGAGGAUCUCAGCCAUCUGCCGCCCGACGAUGCUAUUCUUGCAGAAAUUCGUGACAUUCUCAGAUCAGCGGAUUUGAUGAGCGUGACGAAGAAGAGCAUCAAACAAGAGCUGGAGCGACGUUUCGGAAUGAACCUAGAUGCCAAACGCCCGUAUAUCAACUCUGGUAAGGAUUCCUCUCCAUGUCUUUCCAUUAUCCCAUCACUAACCCAAAGUUCGUGUAGCCACCGAAGCCGUUCUUUCUGGUAUUCUUUAAUUUACGGGCAUGCCCCUAUUUGCCAUGAGUUGAUACUACGAAUAUGAAAAGAAAAAACAGAAAAACAAAACGACCCCAGCAGACGUUGUUCUCAUGCAUCAACGUCUUCAAAAGGCAACCCACCGGGUCCUCUUUCGAUUUGCAUUGCAUAUAUGGCCUUGAUUUGGUUUAAUUCAAUGGAUUGAGCAUAUGAAGGAUCGAGCAUGGAGUUGUAUAUUAUCUUGUCUUUUUACUGUCUACUUUCAUUUUCUUGGGACAUACAUAUUUGCUUGAGCGUUAAGAUUGCACUGGUUAAAUAGUUUCAAACAGAUAAUCAUGAUUGACUUUCAAAUAUAUAAUCGCGAAUGUUCUCAUC